ACCCAUCAAGGAAUUUUAACCGGCUACCCGUUAGACCCGGAUGUUUAUCUUUUAGGGCUUAUUUUUUGCUCCAUUGUUCUUGAGUUUCCAGUUUGGCGCUCUGUUCUGACGACGAUGGCUUCUCUGUUCAAGGAUCCAAGUAAGAUUUCAGCAUAUCGGGAUAAAAGGUUUCCAGGAACGCAGGAAGAAUUUGAAGAUGCACUCUUGACCUCAACGACUGUUUAUAUUGGGAACAUGUCCUUUUAUACAACAGAAGAGCAAGUUUACGAGCUAUUCACUCGAGCUGGAGAAAUUAAAAAGAUAAUCAUGGGUUUGGACAAGAACACAAAAACUCCUUGCGGCUUUUGUUUUGUCUUGUACUACUCUAGAGAAGAUGCUGAGGAUUCAGUGAAAUAUAUAAGUGGGACCAUUCUAGAUGAUCGCCACAUUCGUGUUGAUUUUGAUUGGGGAUUUCAAGAAGGAAGGCAAUGGGGCCGUGGUCGAAGUGGUGGACAGGUACGGGAUGAAUAUCGCACUGACUAUGAUCCUGGCAGAGGUGGUUACGGAAAGCUGGUUCAGAGAGAAUUGGAAGCACAAAGACAGCUAGUAGAUUAUGGUGCUGGAUCGUUAGCCUCUUUCCCUCCUGUUAUGCCGUCUCGCUAUGGUGGUAGACAUGGUGGAAAUCAUGGCCACGGGGGCUCUUAUCGGCAGGGUAGAGAUUACCAACGCAAAAGACCUCGGGAAGACGACCGCCGUGGACCAGAGAUCUCAAAGAGAAGUUCAGAUCAUGAAUCUCGGAGAAACUCCGAUCACGACUCCAGACCGGAGAAGAAUCCACGUUUCCGUGAGAGUGGCGAUUCUGAUGACGACGAGGAAGAUGAUAGGAAACGUAGGGCUUAGCUGUGGAUGAUGUAUGCAGUGAUUAGUGACAUCUCUGUCUAAAACUUCUGGAUUUGUUACUUGGAAGCAAUAGAUUUCGCUUCUUUAGAGCCUAAUCGCAGCAUCAUGGAGCUAUUGUGCUGGGACAUUUGAACUGCAGUUGUUUAGAUACUGACCUAAACUGCGAGUUUGAAAUAUGUUGUAUGCAAAAAGAAAAUCCCUGAUGUGUCCUACUGAGGUGAUCUACAUAGUUAAAACUAAGAUCUAUCGACUCUAAACUCGUACGAUGACUUUUUCUCUGCAAAUGUCAAGAAAUUCUACACUGGUAAAGCACGUUUAGAAUCCAAGGAAAAUUGUUUGCACUACCA